UGGUAAGGUGAGUAAAAGAUGCAUCGUUCGCUACCAUCUGUUAGCCCUCCCGCUAUGCUUUGUGUAGUAGUAGCACAAAUAAGGGAUUGUAGGACGUCUGUGUGUGUGUGUGAGAGAGAGCGAGACAGGAUAGAGGGAAAGAAAAGAGAUGAGUCAACCACUACCAUCAACCAAAACCGUUGCGUUGGCGCCUUCCACCUUGUGAAACGUAAAUAAAUCCCACAAGUGUCGCUAGGACGCUGUCAAACGUACUGCAUCCGUUGGCGUUGUUUGUGUGCAAGAACGGGGUGGUUUUUUUUUGUUUGUUAGCGAGACGCAUUUAUGAGCUCUACGCAACAGUGCCUCCUGGUGCAAUUCUUCUUCUUCGGCAAUAUUUUGAUAUCCUUCCGAUCUAGUACUAUUAUUGGUGAGAGGUUCACGUGAGCGGGAUAGGGGCAGACAGGUAGGUAUCGCUGUGCUGGCAGAAGGUAGAUAACACCUUGUUGUUCACCAUCAAGAAUAAAUUCCUUAAUAUGUUUGAAGAGUUAAUUCUGUGACUCUGGUAACUAUUUGCAAACGAAACCCGAAGUUGAAGAUAUUAGUCCACAAGACUUUGUCCGGAGCUCAGGAAAAUACAGCAUGUGCAUGUGUGGUUGUGCUAAUUGAUGGGUUGCAAAUAUGCGAAAAAUGUCCGACAAGGCCGUACGGUACGGUCUGUAGCCAGUUGGUGGUGUGAGACCACGGAACCCAAUUAUGUGCAUUAGUAGCGGUGGCUAUCGGAACGGUUGCUGCUGCUGUUGCUGCACAUCGACGUAAACGUGCUCCCAUUUCUGGCUGUGCUAGCCCACCCCCCCAACCUGUACGUACAGAGACGUGGAUAAACGAAAAGCACAGUGCAGUGGGCAUAUUUUGAUGGAGAAGAACGUAUACGACCCAAGGUACUGAACGCACGGUACGAGAAUUCCUCGCGACUCUAUUUAGCAGUAGCGCCCGACACUCACGACAACAUGACGGCGCACGAAUCGUACGGAUUCAUCGGGACGUGGGAGAUUGUCGAGUCCCAUCUGGAAGGCACCACGGAGAAGCUAGGUCUCGAAGGAAUCAAGUUCCGGCUGGACGAAAUGGGAGACAUUAUCUGGUACAAUGAUCUUAUCAACACGACCUCAAACUCCCAGAAUGGCGGCGCACGGGAAUCGCAGUUCAGCAAUCCGCGUCUAAGCUCCCUGAAUGGGGCGGGCUUCUGUCCGAUCAAUGAUUCGGCGGCAGUGCUGUUCAGCUGUGAAACGUUCGAGGUGGUGGAACUGUCGUCGAACGGGCCAGGUCUGAUCUUCGGUGCGUACACCGGACAUAGUAUUGAGUUUCGCACCAACCACUACAAUCCGGGUGAGCAGAUGUCGCUGCGGUGUGACUGUUGGUGCGAGCUGCACUGUCAGCGCGUGAAGGAGGACCAGUCGGUUGGGCAGGAGGAACCGUUCACGCUGAUCUCGGUGCUGGAUGAUGGCAACUUCUGUGAUGUGACUCUCAAGAGUUGUGAUAAUGUAAUCUACAACGUUCACUCGCCGAUUUUGCGUUUGAAUGGAUUCGAUUGCAGUAGUAUGACGGCGGCCUCCACCUAUCAACAUCUCGCCAGCCGGUUUGAGUGUGCCGAAGCGCAGGCACAGCAGGUUGCUGCCAGUGCCGCCGCCCAUCCACCACUGAUGAAGGUUUCCUCGGUACCGUGCGCCCGGGCUGUUCGUACCGGUGGCAGCACGUACGGCCGUGGAUCACUGGCAAUGAUGUGCAGUGUGAGUGCGAGCGCAACGCCCAGCUUGCAUCCGAGCGCUCACGCCAGCCCAACGAUUCUGAACCCAAACUUUCUCCUACCGCCAACAUCGCUCGACUCGUACAGCCUGUCCCCGAAGCUGGUGGCCAACAUAUCGAACUCGUUCAAUUGUCUUAUGCCGACGGAUGCGCACGGUACCGACGGUGGUAACACGUCCUCCAUCUUUCUCGAUGUGCCAAAGCGGACGGCUCACCAGACGUCCUCGUGCUCGGACUCGAACCUGCACAUCGAUCGGAACGUGUUCUUCUUUCCCGACGCGGUACCGGUAAGCUGUCGGGUGAAGUUUAAACCACCGUCGUCACCGUUCCGCGCCCGGAGUCCUUCACCGUUUCCGGUGACGACGCUCGAUACGCCACCAUCGUCACCGCUGACGCCACUGUCGGUGUUGAACAAUAUACCGGCGAAGAUGUUGUCGACGAUACUGCACUGGCUGUACUGCGAGUGUUUGCCGGAUCAGCUGGAUGAGGAGACGUGCAUACAGCUGAUCAAUAUGUGCGAAAGCACCACACCGCUUAGCCGCAUGAGUGAACCGUGCAAGAACUAUCUGCGAAACAUACAGCUCAAGAAAUUUGUAAUCGAUAUCAUCAACGAUCUGCAUGACAGUCUGAAUAAUAUGAUACAGAUGGUCAAUCCGAGCACCAUCUCUCAUAGUCCCUGUGUGCUGUGUCAGGUGUUUAAGGAAGGCGUUAAAGAGUGUCUCACAGCUUUUGUGAAGCUGCUCCAAUUUUGUAACAUCUUCACCAAGGAUGCUACAACCUUCACCCGCCAGCAAAGGCAUGAGAUCAUCAAGUACGUUCGAACCCGGAUGCCAAUCUAUCUGUCCCAGGUGCAUCAACUCCUACAGAACGUGAACCUUGUCCUAGGCAGCCUAUCGCCAGACGAUCGUAACGAUCUCGUAUCGUAUCUGGUGCCAGAAAUAACUGGUGCCCUAGAGGUGCUAACGUCUGCCGUGUCCGAAAUCAAACUCUCCCUGGAGGAGGUCUGUAAGGAUCUGAAAAGCAGCCAGCAGGAGCAACAGCAACAGCAGCAAAAACUGCACGAAAGCUCCGUUCAACCUCAGGGACGCUCACCUACCGGGAAUCGGAGUGGUGGAUGUGGACGCAGCACCCAGUACGCACAGCUAGCCGGGAACCGGUCCGGUACCGAGCGGAACCGUAGCCAUGGUCGCAACACGUCCACCACAAUGCAGUCCCGGCUCGGCCAGAGCACGUCCGAGUCCGACCUAAAGUUCUUCCUGUACAUGUACGAGGUGAAGAAGAUGCGUGAUAUUUAUGGGCGCGUAACGAAUGCGCUCGAGGUGCUACUCCACAAGAAGAACACGUUCAACGAGAUGAACCUGCUGCAUCAGCAUCAAACGGUGCGGCGCAAUUUGGAGCAGUUGGCGUUGGAGGUGCCGGCUGCGAUCGGUCAGCUGGAGGAGCUGUGCGACACGAUCGACGAGAAGAUUGGCUGGAAGGAGUUUAAGUUUUGCUUCAAGUUUCUCACCAGUCAAGUGAAUGGCAUCGUUUCAAAGCUGCUGGAACACAAGUCUGCCCUGAACGAUGCAAUGUUCUAUAUCUCCACACUCGUACAGAAGGAACAGUUUACCUGUGCGCUUGUUGAGUUGGGUCUGCUAGACAAGCGAAGUGUCGAUCCGGCCCUGCUGCACGAAUGUGCUGCCCGGCGCAGUACCGUACGUUCGAGCAGCCAGCGCCAGCUCGAGUAUGCAACGGUGAAAAUGAAUCUGGUGCAAAACCUGUGCGAAUCGCCGACUGCCUCCCACAGCAGCCUGUCGAAGAAUGCGCUGAAGUUGUUGCAUUCGGGCCAGUUGGCGGAUAUGGAGUUUGAGGUGGUUGUGCCGCAGAUGGAUCUGCAGCACGAAACGACGGUCACACCGACGACGGCGGCCUCGUCGUCGUGUGACUUCAGCCCGGACGAGGGCCUAUUGCUCAACGGUGCGAACACCAAGGGUGCUAUCGGUGGUGGAGUGGGAAACGAAACCGCAACGGCUGUGAAUGCUUCCAGUAGUACCAGUAGUAGUAACGCUAGCAAGGGUGUGAAUGCGCGGGGCGCUCAGUCACACUGCUUCAAGGCACACCGGGUGAUAGUGGCGGCCCGGUGCGAAUGGUUUAAGAAGGCGCUACUGUCUGGUAUGCAGGAGGACAUUAAUCGUAAGAUUAUUAUUUACGAUACCUCACCGGUAAUAUUUCGCCGGUUGCUACUCUACCUGUACGGCGCACCGGUCGAUCGAUCCGUUGGUGUGGAUCAGCUGUGCGAGCUGAUGCUGCUAGCCGAUCGGUACUCGGUCGACAAUCUGAAGGCUAUCUGCGAGCAAACGUUGGUCGCAUCGAUCGACAACGAAUCGGUCAUCUGUCUGUACGGCAUCUCGGAUCGGUUCAAUGCGGCCGCCCUCAAGGCCCGGUGUCUGUCGUACCUGUCGCAGCACACCGAGCUGACGCAGCUUGACAUCUUCCAGGAGCUGCCCGUGUAUCUGCAGAAUGAAGUGCAGGAGCUGAUACGGUGGUGCGGACGCGCACCGGAACCGUGGUGCGAUCGGGGACCGGAACGUUCCAGAUCAGAUCGUGGCUCACGCCACAGCCUCAAAAGUCCUUCGAAGGCGUCCAAAUCGUCACGGUCGCGCAAAACGUCACCAUCCUUCAUGUGACCGUGAUGCCAUUACGCUUAACCGAAGAAAAAGAAAACUUACUUAUAUAAUUCAUUGAUUGCUGUGACUGUUAAUCAUCUGCCCUAGGCAAACGAUUGCCUGAACCGGUGUUGGGCAGAUGCUUAAUGAAUACUAUACCUAAAAAAAUGAAGAAAAAAAAAACACACACACACAUACAUCUCCGGUAGUAAGUAAAAAAAAGGUCGAGAAACAAACAUGAAAAAUCGAUAACAACUCAAUACAUACAUAAACACACACACACACACUUAAAAACAAGGGAUUUACUUUAAGCGGCUUCUGUGGCUGUAGAUAGUAUUUGAAAAUUUUGAACCGGAACCGACCUAAAAAAACACCGGCUGUGCAAGGGAAUGUAACGCUUCCUUCAGAUCGCGUGCACUCGCAGCCGUGAAAAAAUAGGAAUGAUCAGGUGCAACUACACGAACGAAACGGGCAUUGGCGUUGACGUGCAUAGGUACAGUGCAGGCUAAAAAUUGAAUCGUUGGUAUCGUGAUAUCGUUUAAUUUUGAUUUAGUUUUGGGCACUCAGUAAACGAUUGAGUUAAUGAUUGAUAGAGGACAAAUAACAUAAUACACCCACCAGCAGUAGCAGCAAUCCAAUAUGGCGACGUUUUUUUUGUUGCAAUUUUACGGUUAUCGGUAGUUAGGAUAAUGGGUAGGAUGGGUAAGAAAAGAUCACAAUCUUUUUUUCGGAGGAAAAGAAAGCAGAGAGAGAGAGAGAGAGAGAAAGAGAAAGUGGAAGAGAGAGGAAGGAAGGGAGAGAGAGAGAAGAGAGCGUGCGAAAACGGUAACGAUGAUCAAUUGCGAUGGGAUGAUAGCUAACAGAAACUCAUUUGUUCAACAUCAUGCGCUUAAUGGAUUUAAAAACCUAGCAAUUAAUUGAGAUGUGUAUAGAUGUGAGUGUGUGUGUGUGUGUGAAUGUCUGUGUGUGUGUAUGUGUAAAGUGUAUGUUGGCAUGCCAGAAAAGUGAUAAUUGUUUUAUGGUUUUUCUUUGUGUUUAAUCUGUUUCGUGAUUCCUAAUUCAUUAAAAAUGUCGUGCAAAGUGCAUACAUUUAGGCGCUCCUAUUUUAAAGGACAAUUAAUCUUCUCUGUAGCCACCUUUAUGACUGUUUUAGCCAGGGGUCUAAUGGCGUUGCAAAUAAUGGAUGGAUUUAGACAGUUCGAAUAGUUGCUAGCCAAGAUCUUAAUCUAGUUUGUAUUUUAUGACAUUUUUUUUUUAGUUUGAGAUUGGUGAUUUAAUUUACUCAGUGCUCUGGCAUUUAAAAUUGCUGAAAAUUGAAAAACCACAGUGUUUGUCGUUUGGUUUACAAGGCAAUUCGUUUACGUUCUGUUUAUCAUUUAAGAUUCUUCAGUGUGAUGCACAUUGCAUACCUCUAGGCGCCAAAAACUUUGUUUGUAGUAUAUGAGGCAAUUUUUCUUACAUAAAGUAAAUGCUAUACUUUAAACUAAUGCGUGUGUUAUGUGGAAUCAGGAUAAUGUUAGACCCGUGCCGAUUCAAGGUUCAAUUAGACAAAAACAAACCAGACAAACAAUUUCUGUGGGAUUGCGCGAAUGUGAUGACGAAUUCAAUCGUUCUGACUGUAACGGAUAGGAUAGUAGCUUCUAUUACUCCUAUCACUACUAUUACUACAUCUACUACUACUACGCGGUGCUAUACGGUAGAAUUGGCCGUUUAAUGUUAGCAUCCUUCUUGGUAGGGGAUAUGCCCUAGUGGAUCAUAUGUUACCGCUAGCUGUCUUGUUCAAAUCAUGUUGGUCGUAUCAUAUCGUAAGAGGGCUGCUCGUUUUGCACGGUUUUUUUUCCUCUAUUUUGAUUUGUUUAGCUUUGUUGUCGAAAAGUUUCUAAAACAAGCAGUUUGCGAAAGUUGAUCAGACGGAUUUGUGUGUGGAAGCAUUGAGAGCAAAUCGCCAGUAUCUGUAGAACAUCAGCGACUUGUUAGUGGUUAGGCAGUUUGAUUUAUGCUUCACCAAGAUUGACUGAUCUAAGAACUGUAAGAGGCUCAAGCACGUGAUAACUGACUGGAACCAGAUUGUAGCCAAUGUCAUUUUUAUGCUUAAAAGAAACAUGAUUUAAAUGGAAGGAAAAUAGUUUAUAAAAAAGUAAUUUAAUUAAGUGGUUUUUAGGUAAUGAAACAAGUGUCUACAUGUCUAACACAAUAAGCAAUUUUGAUACCAUACACAAUGGAAGUACGUCUUAUUGUUGAUAUGCCUCUAACAGCACAGCAUUGUUUUGGAGACAUGGUGACAUUUGUUUUAGGAUCUGAAUGGCACUGUACAUUCUUAUAAGUUAGCAAACAUUUCUAUGUAUUUAAAAAAAUAUUAUUAUCAAUAUAUUAAAUUAUAUUAUAUUACCAAUGGAAAAAGUAAUUCAAGUGGUAAUGUUCUAGAAUGAUUACAAGUGCUUACAAUACUUUUCUUUAGAGCUAUGCCUACAAAGGGAAAGGUAUUGGUCAGAUCUUAAUGUUUUUUUGCUAUAUCAAAAGCGCAGAAAAACAAAAUCUCAACCAAACGCUUUUGAUUGAUUUAUGUUUAGGAAUUGAGCCUAAAGGACUACUGAGCAUAAGUGAGACUGGUCUGCUUCCGUGUGCUGAGUGCUAGCGACACGCGAUAGGCUAUAUUGUGUCUAGACAACAAUAAGAAUUUGACGAGGGAAGCAAAAAAAAACACGUAUCAGCUAACGAGGAAAUGUGCAUUACUGUUCUAAAGUAAAUAGCUGGAACCACCACCACCAUUAACACUAGAAGUCAAUAUACAUACAAAAAAGUAAACAAAAAUAAUAGUAAAAAAAAGCAAACAAACGAUUAACAUACAAAUAUAUAAAUAUAGAAAACAAAAUAAUUAUAAAAUUGAAACAGAACACAUUGCGAGCAGGCGACGAACAGAGGAACAGUUGAAAAGAGGAGUGGCAAAAAAAGGGGAAGUUGCUAAGAGGAGCGAACGGGAAGGAUAAAUUCUAAAUUACAUUAAAGUUGCUGUGAAUGUAUUGUAUUUGCCAUCAGAACCUUGUGCAGAAAAAAAAAUUGUUCUUCUUUUGUCAACAAAACAAAACAAAACAAAAACCUUUUUCACUCUCCACACAUUGUUGAUGUGAAAUGCUGUUAGGGUAUGAAUACUUGUAAGUGAGUGAAUUAUCGAUGCGUCAAUAAACACCUACAUCUACUUAGUA